CUAAAAACAGAUGCUGAAAAACGUUCCUUGACAGGACUGGAAUCCUGGUCUAAUGAAGAGUUAAAAAAACAAGAUGAUGAGUAUGACCUUAGCACAGAAUCUGGCAAAUGGAAAGGGCUGUCAUCUGGAGUAUCUGAGGAUUCUGAUAAAGGAGGGCAAAAAUCUCUUUCUAUCUCCCAGACUGGAUCAUGGAGACGUGGUAUGUCUGCCCAAAUUGGCACAACGUCAUCAAGACACAAAUCAGGAAGCAGCUCCCUAAAAACACCAGGUAAAACAGAUGAUGUUAAAGCAUCAGAGAAAGUCAAAACACCACUUAAAGGUGGAUCACUCCAGCGUUCACCCUCUGAUGCAGGAAAAAGCAGUGGUGAUGAAGGAAAAAAGCCACCUUCAGGAAUUGCAAGACCUGCAGCCACCAGCUCAUUUGGCUUUAAGAAAGCUGGGGUGGGCUCACCAAACAUAACUGCAGGAGGUGCAACUCUAACUAGUGGAUCUGCAACACUUGGGAAGAUGCCUAAAUCAGCAGCAAUUGUAGGAAAAGGUGCUGGCAGGAAAACUAGUCUUGAUGGUUCCCAAAAUCAGGAUGAUGGAGUUUUACUGGCCAACUCAAAAGCUACACUUCAAUAUCGUAGUUUACCUCGCCCUUCUAAAUCCAGUACAAGUGGUAUCCCAGGCAGAGGUGGACAUAGAUCCAGCACUAGUAGUAUCGACUCCAAUGUAAGCAGCAAAUCAGCAGGUGCAGCAGGCACUAAACUUAGAGAACCCUCAAAAAUGGCUUCAGAGCGUUCAAGUCCUGUCACCAUCAACCAAACUGACAAAGAGAAGGAGAAAGUGUCAGAUUCUGAAAGUGUCUCGUUGUCAGGCUCUGCUAAAUCAAGUCCGACAUCAGCCAGUGCCUGUGGUGCUCAAAGCUUGAGGCAACCGGGAUCAAAAUAUCCUGACAUCGCUUCACCAACAUUCCGGAGGUUGUUUGGCACAAAAACAGGGAGUAAACCUUCCUCUGCUGCAAGCAGUGAAGGUGUGAAGUCUUCUUCUGUGAUUUCUAGUCCCAGCAACACAUCCCUGGCUAGACAGGGCAGCUUGGAUUCCCCUUCCUCUGGUACGGGUAGCAUGGGCAGUGCUGGUGGACAAAGCGGAAGCAGCAGCCCCUUGUUCAGCAAACCCAAUGAAUUAACUCCUGAUGUCAUAAGCCUGGGACAUUCUUUGGCCUCCAGUCCAGCAUCAGUGCACUCAUUUACAUCAGGUGGCCAAGUGUGGACAGCAAAUUUAAGUAGCUCCUCUGCUGGAAGUAAGGAUACUCCAAGCUACCAGUCUAUGACAAGCCUUCAUACCAGCUCAGAGUCCAUUGAUUUACCUCUUAGUCAUCAUGGCUCACUAUCUGGAUUGACUGCAAGUACACAGGAACUUCAAAGUAUGCUAAUGAGAACUGGGAGUGUUAGAUCAACCCUGUCUGAGAGUAUGCAACUUGAUCGAAACACCCUGCCCAAAAAGGGACUAAGGUAUACGCCAUCGUCUCGACAGACCAGUCAAGAAGAGGGCAAAGAGUGGCUGCGUUCUCAUUCAACAGGAGGACUACAAGAUACUGGCAACCAGUCUCCCCUUGUCUCUGCAGGCAUGUCCUCAUCCAUCAGUGGGAAAUACCAUUACUCAAAUUUGGUGAGCCCUACUAGUUUAUCCCAGUUUACAAUCCCUGGACCAAACAUGAUGCGAUCCAAUAGCAUUCCAGCCCAAGAUGCUUCCUUUGAAUUAUAUGAAGAUUCGCAGCUAGGAGGAAGUGCUACCUCAUUGGAGGAGAGACCAAGAGCUAUCAGUCACUCAGGGUCCUUCCGAGACAGCAUGGAAGAAGUUCAUGGAUCUUCUUUGUCAUUGGUUUCCAGCACAUCAUCUCUUUAUUCCACUGCUGAAGAAAAGGCCCAUUCAGAGCAGAUACAAAAGCUGCGACGGGAGCUGGUAGCUUCACAAGAAAAAGUUGCAACGCUGACAUCCCAGUUGUCUGCAAAUUCUCAUUUAGUGGCGGCUUUUGAAAAGAGCUUAGGAAAUAUGACUGGACGACUGCAAAGCUUGACAAUGACAGCGGAACAAAAGGAGUCAGAGCUCAUUGAGCUUCGAGAGACAAUAGAGAUGCUGAAGGCUCAGAAUUCCGCAGCGCAGGCUGCAAUCCAAGGAGCAUUGAAUGGUUCUGAUCACAUUCAUAGAGAUAUGAAGAUCAAAAGACAACAUUCUUCUGAAAGCGUUUCCAGUAUCAACAGUGCUGCAAGUCAUUCUAGCAUUGGUAGUGUUAAUGAUGCUGAUUCCAAAAAAAAGAAGAAGAAAAAUUGGGUAAGUAUUUAUAUUGCAGCAUACAGAAGUUCUUUUAAACAAGCCUUUGGCAAGAAAAAAUCCAACAAAGCUCCAUCUUCCCACUCAGAUAUUGAGGAACUUACAGAUUCAUCUGUCCCUUCCUCCCCAAAACUGCAUCAUACGUCAGAGGAUUCAAGUUCCUUUAUCAUGAAACAGUCACAGUCCAACUCUGAGUCCUCUUUAGCCUGGGUACCAAAGAAACGGCAAAAUGGCCGGGUGACCUACAAGCAUAGAUCUCGGAUCUGUGAAUGCACUGAAGCAGAAGCUGAAAUAAUCCUGCAGCUAAAGGGUGAACUUCGAGAAAAAGAGUUGAAGCUGACAGACAUCCGCCUGGAGGCUCUUAGCUCUGCACAUCACCUUGACCAAAUCAGAGAAGCAAUGAACCGCAUGCAGAAUGAAAUUGAAAUACUGAAAGCUGAGAAUGACAGGCUAAAGGCUGAAACUAGCACCCCGGGAAAAAUAAACCGGCCUUCCUCUGAAUCAUCAAGUUGUACCUCAUCCUCUUCACGUCACUCACUAGGCCUUUCUUUAAAUAAUCUGAAUAUAACAGAAACCAUAGCUACAGAUAUUUUACUGGACGAUGUGAGAGAUGGAACUUGCCACAAAGAUGGGUGCAGUGUUAAAAUCAUGAUCUCUGUUAAGAAAGGAUAUGGAAGGACCAAGGAUUGCAAAAGUCACCAGUAUUUAAUAGGGUCCAUUGGAAUCAGUGGAAAGACCAAAUGGGAUGUUUUAGAUGCAGUUAUUAGACGGCUAUUUAAGGAAUACAUUUAUCGUGUUGAUGCAGCAUCUAAUCUAGGCUUAACAUCGGAUGCCAUUACAAACUACAGUAUUGGUGACAUAGUUAGAGCAAACAGUACAGAAGUGCCUGAAAUGUUACCUUGUGGAUACCUAGUAGGAGAAAAUAAUAUCAUCACUGUGAACCUUAAAGGUAUUGAAGAAAGUAGCUUGGACAGUUUUGUGUUUGAUACCCUUAUUCCUAAACCAAUCACUCAGCGCUACUUUAAUUUAUUGAUGGAACAUCACAGGAUUAUAUUAUCCGGGCCCAGUGGAACGGGAAAGACAUAUCUAGCUAGCAAACUUGCUGAAUAUGUUGUAAAUAAAAGUGGCAGAAAGAAAAUUGAGGAAGCAAUUGCAACCUUUAAUGUGGAUCACAAAACAAGUAAAGAACUGCGGCAGUAUCUAGCUAAUCUCGCAGACCAGUGCAGUGGGGAUAAUGAUACUGACCUUCCACUAGUAGUAAUUCUAGAUAAUCUUCAUCAUAUAGGAUCCCUGAGUGACAUCUUUAAUGGAUUUCUAAACUGUAAAUACAGUAAAUGCCCCUACAUAAUUGGAACAAUGAAUCAGAGUAUCUCCUCAUCACCAAAUUUAGAACUGCAUCAUAAUUUUCGAUGGGUGCUAUGUGCGAACCAUACAGAUCCAGUGAAGGGUUUUCUUGGAAGAUACUUAAGACGAAAAUUAAUUGAAAUGGAAAUAGAGAAAAAUGUGAGGAACAAUGAUCUCAUAAAGAUAAUUGAAUGGAUUCCUAAAGCAUGGCACCAUGUCAAUGGAUUUCUGGAGACACAUAGCUCCUCAGAUGUCACUAUUGGUCCGCGCCUUUUCCUUUCAUGUCCAAUGGAUGUGGAUGGGUCUAAAAUAUGGUUUACAGAUCUUUGGAACUAUUCUGUAAUUCCUUAUCUCCUGGAAGCCGUAAGAGAAGGACUUCAGAUGUAUGGUAAACAAGCUCUUGGGAAGACCCAACGAAAUGGAUAA